GUCAACUCUUCGAGAAAUGGAGGGACUAGUUUUAUGUACGCUCGAAUUCAACCUCUUCAAGGUGGCAGUGGACCGAAUUUGCCAAUUACUCCGGCACGAUUCGUGCAGGGGAGGAGUGACGUGGAGGGCUCAAGACUCAAGAGGCUUCCACACGAGGAUGCUGGCCAAUCUAGCAUCGACAGGCGUGGGCCAGUGGGGAGGACAGCACCAAUCAGCUACGUGGCUCCAGAACCCUCCGAACCUUCUCCAAACCUCCAUUGCUGUCUCAGUCCAAGCUUUUUAUAAAGUCCAUCAUCAUCGCUAUCUUCUUCUUCAGCACAAACCCUUGCAGAAAACCCUUCGAAGAUCUCUCGCCACGUCUGGCAUGGCUUUCCGGUCAUCGAGACUGUGGAGCUCCCUGUCGAGGCGGCUGGCCCCGCAAGGUAACGGCGCUACGUUCGCGACCUCGACGGCUCCGAAAAUGAAGGCCUUCGCUCCUGCCGGGGGUGAAGCGCUCCCCAAGCCCAGCCCAGCGAGAACUGGGGACGCGGUGCCCAUGUACGUGGCGAUCGGAAUGAUUUUCCUAUCGGUGUCGUUGGGCCUACACACUGCGAUGCAGCAGCUCAGGCACUCCCCGACGGUUCGCGUGAAGAAGUCGCGGCGGGAGACCUUGCCUGAGGUGAUGGAGCCCGAGGUGGUAGCGGACGAGUCCGAGAGGUUCCUGACCAGGUCCUUCUUCCGGAAGAUCGCUCACGUCCAGGAAUUCGAUAUGGGGGACACGGUGAUCCCCAACCCUGUAUCGAAGGAUGCCUUUGCCCACCGUCCAAAGGUUGAGACCCUCAAGUCGGUCGGGGUCGAUCCCAGGCCAUGAUCCCGGGUCAUGAAUGACUUUGCACGAGCACUCGCUUUACGGCGUUGCCAAAGUUUUCCGGUUUUAGCGUUGGUUUUACAUGUGCUGUUUUCCUUUUGGGAUGCUUGUUGGGGAAGGUGAGUACAGCAUAUCUUCCCGAGAUUGUAAAUAUUAAAUGAUAAUGAUGAUAACAAUGAGAAGAUGCUGUGUGUUGUAAAUUUCGUCAA